AUGAGAAGAAGCUUGUUAUUGAGGAGAAAGAAUGUUUGCUCUUCCGAAUUUAAUUUAAUGAAGAGUGCUAUUACUUGCACUGCUACUUCUUCUAAAAUGUCUUUCGGAACAAGCCAAUACAAUUUUGCAACAAGGAGAGUUAUUGCUAAUGGUGAUAAUACAGAGGAUGAGUUGUCGAGAGAAUUAUCACCUCUCUAUCCAAAAAUUAAAACAACAAGAUUAUUUACACUUUUAUAUAGUGGACAAAUGUUUUCGGAUUUGGCACUAUCAGAUGCAACCUUGCAACGAGUUAAAACAAUUUUGAAUGAUUCUCUCUUCCUAGGAGUGGAUAAACCAAGUCAUAGAUUUAUUGAUGAGGAAAUUAAAACCAGAAGACAAAAAGUUCCAAUAGUAACAAUUAUGGACUUGUUAUCGUAUGAUGAAAAGGAAAUUGCAGCUUUGGAUAAUCAAAUGCAAAUAUAUCAACAAACAACUAAAGAGCUUGCACCUCAGGACAAAUGGAAUUAUUGUGACGUUCUCAUUAAGAAAAUUAAUCACUCACUGGAAAGCAAUGAAAUAAGACGUGUGGAUCCACUUAUGAAAUUAUUGACAAACAUUUUGAAAUCAUUAGGAGUUGAAUCACCAGAAGAACACCCAACAAUUUGCUAUUUAAUGAACAAAAGACUGCUUCACGAUGCAGAUAGAGAAUUUUAUAAGGCAAACGAAGAACUGUUGCAAACAAUGAGGAGUAUGCCAAAAGAUGUUUUUGAUAAUGACAAAGAUGUAAAUAGAAAGAAGGUAGUCGACUCUGCAAAGGCAGAACAAUUAGCAAAAUUAUUAAUUGGAGAUUUCAAAUUUAAGAGGGCAAUUUACAUGAUGCAAUUAUCUGCAGAGGUUUACGAUAUUAUAUUGGAGAAGCACAGAGAGCACUUUACUCAAAAAGAAAUUGAAAUUAUCAAAUCAGAUCGCGAAAGAAGAUACUACUGUCUCAUUCAGCUACAUGCUUUUGUAUCUUCUUUGGCAAGUGAAUAUGCUCAUGUCUGUAGAAAAGACUCUAGGGAAUAUUAUGUAGAUAAUGGAAAUGCUUUAUAUUUGCUAAUGACUAGAGAUUAUUCAAUUGAUGCCAGGAAAGAAGGAAAGCUCAAGUCAGCUUUCAGAAAAGAAGCCAGUAUUAAUGCAUUUGCUGUAACCAAGUAUAUUCGUCAUUUGAAAAAGAAGUCACCAGAAAUUGAGAAACGUUAUCCAAUGGUUAAAAUUGUUGGACUCAAUGCUACCAGAUCUCUAUUACCACACAGAUUUAGAAAUCUUGCACUCGUACUUGUAGCAUUGGGAUUGAUCUAUUUAUGCUAUCUGAUAGUUCUCUACAUUUUGGAUAUUAGAAAAGCAGAUAGAGAAAUUGCAGAAGCAAAAGCUCAACGAAGACGAGAAAUGAUUGAAAUUCUGAAACCUCAGACUGAAACUGAAAAACAACUUUCAAAUGAUGACGAUGAGUUUUAA